AGAGGAGAAGAAGCUUAGUCUCCUACUUUCAUGGAAAAUUCCCAAACUUCUUCGUCUCCCAUGGAAGAUCAACCGCCAAAGAAAACACCCACCAUUGAAAAAUCUAAUUAUUUCCGCAAUCAACAUUCUCUCCUUCCCUCUCCCUCUCCAUCUCUCUCUCUCUCUGAUGUCAUUCUCCUUCACAACACGUUCUUGACUUCGUUAAUGUUCAAAGGAAGUCCAUGGGAUCAAUCGUCAAUUGGGGGAUUCUUUAUUCGAUUACCGAUUCCGAUCACCAAAAUAAGAUACAUGGAAAUCGUCUCUCGGCCCCGCCAUAAAUCCGUUGCUUUCUGUGAGGUUCUGCAUUCUCACUUUUUGACCAGAAAAACUCUCACGUUCUAUCCAUUUCCCGCUUCGUUGGCUAAGAAAACAGGAGCAUAUUAUUCUUGUAAGUUAGUGAAUAAUUUAUAUGCUUGAUGCCACUCCCAAGCAGUUUUCAACCAUGAAUCCAAUAUUAGAAGAUUAUGGAAGAGCAGCUGUAGACAAGAAUGCCAAGCAAAGAGUGAUUUUGGCUGAGUGGUUGAGGAGUUUUUUCCCUGGUCUAAAUUUGCCAAUCAAUGCUUCUGAUGAGGACCUCAAAGCAUGCUUGUUGGAUGCCAACGUCUUGUCUCAAAUACUGAACAAGCUAAAAAAAAAACCUAGUUCUGGAAAAGAGGGAGGUUAUGUGAUCCAUAAUUUGGCUUCACGGUCAGAGAAGAUCACGAAGUUCCUUGCAGCUAUAGCCAACAUGGGGAUACUGAAGAUUGAUUUUACGGACACUGAAAAUGGAUCUAUGGACUCUCUUUACAGCUGUCUAUGGGCAAUUAGAGCACAGUUCAUGAUGAACGAUGUGGGAGUUAAGCUUUUGGCCUGUAACUCACCUUCUAAGUCAGAAAAAUCUCGUUUCGACGCACUCUUACAUGACCCUGGUUCUCCAAUGUUGGGAGAAGAUAAGAGGAGAGUCUUAUUUGAGUCGAAAUUUCAACGUACUUUGAGUAGUCCUAUUAUGUCAGAACCAUUGGGUGCAUCAAAUCACCAUGUUGGCCAUAAGUUCCAUGAAGUGUUUCAGCUAAAACAAGGUCGUUAUGCCGAUCUUCCGGCUGCAAAAAUUUCAGAAAUGAUGAAAUCAAAUAGUCUAGACCAUCUCUUGUUGCAGAAUGCUCCAACUCAGUCACUUUUGAGCGUUGUGAAUGGAAUUCUCGAUGAAAGUUCGGAUAAAAAGAAUGGUGAAAUUCCUCAUCGUGUGGCGUGCCUGUUAAGAAAAGUAGUUCAAGAGAUUGAGCGGCGUAUUUCUACUCAAGCGGAACAUCUUCGGACUCAAAACAAUCUUUUCAAGGCUCGUGAAGAGAAAUACCAGUCUCGAAUAAGUGUGCUUGAGGCACUUGCAUCAAACAUCAAUGAAGAAAAUCAGAGUUAUAUUGGCCAGCUUCAACAACCAAAGCAAGCGGAGAAGACUAAAGCAGAAGAGAAGAAUAAUUUUGCUGAUGAGGAAGUGACUAGGUUGGUUAAAGAAAGAGACGAAAGCAAAGAAAAGAUCACAAUGUUGAAGCAAGAGUUAGAAAUAUCUAAGAAGAUGUAUGAAUUGCGUUGCUUGCAAGUGGAAACAGAAAGAGGUGAGGAUGCGACUAGGUUGAUUAAAGAAAGAGAUGAAUGUAAAGCAGAGAUCACAACGUUGAAGCAAGAUUUGGAAAUGGCUAAGAAGUUGUAUGAAUCCCGUUGCUUGCAAGUGGAAACAGAAAGCGGUGAGGAUCUGAGUAGGUUGAUUAAAGAAAGAGAUGAAAGCAAAGUUGAGAUCAAGAUGUUGAAAGAAGAGUUGGAAAGAGCUGAGAAGACGAAUGAAUUGCGUUGCUUGCAACUGGAGACGAAAAGAGUUGAGGAUGUCACUAGGUUGACUAAAGAGAGAGAUGAAAAUAAAGCAGAGAUGACGAAGUUGAAGCAAGAGUUGGAAACAGCUAAGAAGAUCUAUGAAUCACGUUGCUUGCAAGUGGAAAUGGAAAAAGGUGAGGAUUUAACUAGGCUGAUUGAAGAAAGAGAUGAAAUCAAACUAGAGAUGACAAUGUUGCAGCAAGAGUUGGAAAGAACUAAGGAAACCUAUGAAUUGCGUUGCUUGCAAUUGGAGAAGGAAAGUGGUGAGGGUGUGACUAGAUUGAUUAAAGAAAGAGAUGAAAUCAAACUAGAGAUGAGAAUGUUGCAGCAAGAGUUGGAAACGACUAAGAAGACCUAUGAAUUGCGUUGCUUGCAACUAGAAACAGAAGCAGAAUCUGGUCGAUUAAUGCUGGAGGAAAGGAUAAAAGAACUUAAGGAUCUCUUGGAAGAUUCAAGUAACGAAGUGCAAGAACUUACAACAUCUUUUGAAUCGAAACAAAAAAAAUGGAAUGCAAAAGUAAAAAGUUACAAGCGUAUGAUAGAAUUUCAAUGCAAUCUACUACAGGGCGUAAAAUGCUCCUCCGAGUCUGUUAAACAAGAGGUUUUGCGAGUAAAGCUGGACUAUUCAAAUGAAGUUAACCAAUUAGGGCUCAAGCUAAAAUCAAUAGCACAUGCAGCUGGGAACUAUCAUGUGCUGCUGGCUGAAAAUAGAAAGUUGUUCAAUGAGCUUCAGGAUUUAAAAGGAAACAUCAGAGUGUAUUGUCGAAUAAGGCCAUUUUUGGCAGGGCAGAAAGACAAACGGAUGACCAUAGAACAUGUUGGUGAAAAUGGAGAAGUGGUAAUAGCAAACCCCACCAAGCCUGGGAAAGAAGGUCAUAGGUUGUUCAAGUUUAACAAGGUGUACAGCCCAGUUUCAACUCAAGCGGAGGUAUUUACUGAUAUCCAACCAUUGAUACGAUCUGUACUUGACGGAUAUAAUGUAUGCAUAUUUGCCUAUGGCCAAACUGGUUCAGGAAAGACCCAUACAAUGACUGGUCCUACUGGUGCUUCUAAAGAGAAUUGGGGAGUUAAUUAUCGAGCGCUUAACGACCUUUUUGAAAUCUCUCAAAAUAGAAGUGGUGCCAUUUCCUAUGAAGUUGGGGCACAAAUGGUUGAAAUUUAUAAUGAACAAGUUCGGGAUUUACUUUCAAAUAGCGCUUCUCAGAAGAAACUGGGGAUUUUGACUCAUUCGCAACCCUUCGGACUUGCGGUACCGGAUGCUACCAUGUUUCCAGUGAACGCAACUUCAGAUGUUAUAGAAGUAAUGGACAUUGGACUGAAAAACAGAGCAGUUGGUGCAACUGCCAUGAAUGAAAGAAGUAGCCGAUCACAUAGUAUUGUGACUAUUCACGUUCGUGGGACGGAUUUGAAGGAUGGUUCCUCACUGCAUGGUAAUCUUCAUUUGGUAGAUCUUGCUGGAAGUGAGCGGGUCGAUCGCUCUGAAGUUACAGGAGAUAGACUCAAAGAAGCACAACAUAUAAACAAAUCACUGUCUGCACUUGGAGAUGUCAUUUUUGCUCUUGCACAAAAGAGCUCUCAUGUUCCAUAUAGAAAUAGCAAGCUCACUCAAGUUCUUCAAAGCUCUCUUGGUGGUCAAGCAAAGACAGUCAUGUUUGUACAGCUUAAUCCCGAUGUGAACUCAUAUUCCGAAUCUCUGAGCACACUAAAGUUUGCAGAAAGAGUUUCUGGAAUCGAGCUGGGAGCAGCACGGAGUAGCAAGGAAGGAACUGGAAGGGAUGUUAAGGAGCUAAUGGACCAGGUGGCAUCUCUGAAGGACACUAUUAGCAAAAGGGACGACGAGAUUGAGAGGCUACAACUACUCAAGGACCUCAAGAACAAUGUGUACAACGGUAUCAACACCGAGAACCGCAACGCAACUUCUCCUAACAAAGAUGUGAAUGGCAGAGUGCCUAGAGUUCAGAAGCCUUCAAGCAGGAAGAGUACAGGAGGAGCCGUGGAGAAAGCUGGUUUUGAUCACGACAACAUAUCUGACCAUAGCAAUAUACAUUCAGAAGCCAACUCGCCGCAAUCGAUGGAAGAUGUGAAGCACCAUAAUGAAGUUAUUCCGCAACAAGACAUAGGUCAGAAUAUUAUUGAAGAUGCUGAGACCUUAGGAUCUGCAGAUGCAGAUUAUGAAGAAAGAAUAAUGGACAUACCUGAUGAUGAUCUUUCUGUUGGAACAGAAAAUGCCGCAACUACAGAAAGUACGAAUUUCACUCAAGCCACAAGACCAGCAGAGAAGUUGGAAAAGCCCAGAUCUGCAUCCACUCUUUCUAGGACCUUGCACAAACAUGCACAAACUGCAUCAACUACACUACCAGGAUCAAAGGAGUCUUCAAGGUUAUCAUCAACAAGUAUGUAUUAGAAAAACUGUAACAGGACUCAAGUCUGGUAGAAGAUGGGCGUAGUUUGAGAGGGAACCAAAUCGAUUCUUUUAUUUUAUUUUUAUUUUAUGUUUUCCACACUUUGUUUUCAAUCUUCAUUGAAAAA